AUGGUGAGGGGGAUUUGUCAAUCUACAAAGACUCUUCCUCCCCUUUUAUCAAGGCGAAAAAGUGAGAAUGAGGCACUGGUUUAUCAAGCUUUUAAGGUAGUGGUUAUUAAGCAAGUCCCCGAGGGGAGUGUCAUUUCAAAACCAAAUAUGCCCAUCGCGUCUGUAAUGGUGGUGAAUGAAUUGCUAAAAUAUGGGUUUGAGCCGAGUAAAGGCUUAGGAAUCUGCUUGCAAGGGAGAGCUUAUCCAGUGAGUCUACGAAAGAGCAUCGGUACUUUUGGCUUAGGUUACCUAUCGAGAGUCGAGGACAAAAUGAAGGCAAAGAAGCAGAAGAGAGAUGUACGGUCACUUACCAAGCCUAUACAACCAAUCUACAAAUCUUUCAUCAAAGCCCGUGCAACAGAAUCUUAUCAAUCAUCUUUUCCAGAGCCAGUGAUGAAAGUAAGCGAAGAAAUGAUAAACUAUUUUCAAGAUUUAUUUGUCGAGGUUGAUAUGGUGAAACUCGGAGAAGGCACUAGCGACAGAGAUGUGAAAUUCAUUGGUCCUGAUUUCAAGCUAAACAAUUGGGAGGCCAACCUUCUCCCCGUUAAAGACGAGUCUUGUUCUUUCUAUGCCGAUUCUAGUGAUAUGACAUGCAUGCAGAAUUUUUCGUCAGGUCUUAAUAUUCAAUCUAAUCUUCGACCUAAUAUUGAAAUAAUAAGUCAAGAAAUCGAAUAUGAUGAAGACAGAGUAUUUGAAGAAGUAAGGAGCGAUUUCAAUCAUUUUGAAAAUAAGUCAAAUCCAAAUAUGAGUGAAACUGAGACGAUAAAUUUGGGGGAUCAUGAAAUUAUUAAGGAGACUAAGAUAAGUGUACAUGUUCGACAUCAAAAGGACGAUAUAACCCAGGCCCUGUUUGAUUACAAAGAUGUUUUUGCGUCAUCUUAUGAUGGCAUGCCUCGAUUAAGCACUGACAUGGUUGUUCACAAGUUGCCAAUUGAUCCUAAUUUUCCUCCGAUAAAGAAGAAGUUGAGAAAACUCAAAACCGAUAUUAGUGUAAUAAUUAAAAAGGAGAUCACAAAACAACUUGAGGCCAAAGUCAUUCAAGUCCCUCAAUAUCCUUCUUGGUUAGCCAAUAUCGUACCCGUCCCUAAGACAGACGGCAAAGUUCGAAUGUGUGUUGAUUAUCAUGAUUUGAAUAAGUCAAGUCCAAAAGAUAACUUUCCUUUGCCUAACAUCCAUAUUUUGUUGGAUAAUUGUGCUAAACAUGAGGUUGUAUAUUUUGUGGAAUGUUAUGCGGGUUACCAUCAGAUUAUUAUGGAUGAUGAAGAUGCAGAAAAAACAUCUUUUAUCCCUCUAUGGGGUACAUAUUGUUAUCGUGUUAUGCCUUUUGGAUUAAAAAAUGCAGGGUCAAAUCAUGUGAAAGACUUAAGAAGGUUCUUCGAAAGGCUCCGCAGGUAUAAUCUCAAGCUUAACCCUGCAAAAUGUGUAUUUGGAGUAUCAUCGGGGAAGCUUUUGGGGUUUAUGGUCAGUCAAAGAGGUAUCGAGUUGGAUCCUUCAAAAAUAAAAGCAAUUCAAGAAUUGCCACGUCCAAAGAACAAAACUGAGGUUAUGAGCCUUCUAGGAAGGUUAAACUACAUCAGCAGAUUCAUUGCUCAACUCGCAACAACUUGUGAGCCUAUCUUUAAGUUGUUGAAAAAGAAUUCCACAGUCGAGUGGACUGAAGAAUGUCGAAAAUCUUUUGAAAGAAUUAAGAAUUACCUAUCGAAUCCCCCUGUGUUGGUUCCUCCCGAGCUGGGAAGACCUUUGAUAUUGUAUAUGUCAGUACUGGAUAAUUCUUUUGGUUGUGUACUGGGUCAGCAUGAUGACACUAGGAAGAAAGAGUGGGGCAUUUAUUACCUCAGCAAGAAGUUUACCGUUUACGAAGUGAAGUACACCCUUGUUGAAAGAACGUGUUGUUCCCUAACUUGGGUAGCACAGAAGUUGAAACAUUAUCUUUCAUCUUACACUACUUAUCUCAUCUCUCGUAUGGAUCCGUUGAAAUAUAUUUUUCAAAAGCCCAUGCCCACAGGCAGGCUUGCGAAAUGGCAAAUAUUGCUCACAGAGUUUGACAUUAUCUAUAUAACGCGGACCGCAAUGAAAGCUCAAGCAUUGGCAGAUCAUUUGGCAGAGAACCCUAUUGAUGAAGAAUAUGAACCACUUAAAACCUAUUUUCCAGAUAAAGAGAUAUCUUGUAUCGAUGAAGUUAUUCACGAUAACAAUCAAGGUUGGAAGUUAUUCUUUGAUGGUGCCUCUAACAGGAAAGGAGUUGGAAUAGAAGUUGUUCUUAUGUCUGAAUCAGGGGAAUAUUACCCUAUAUCAGCCCAACUUAGAUUCUAUUGUACUAAUAAUAUGUCUGAGUAUGAAGCGUGCAUUUUGGGUCUGAGGUUAGCUGUUGACAUGGGCAUCCAAGAAUUGUUAGUGUUAGGAGACUCAGACUUACUAGUUCAUCAAAUUCAAGGAGAAUGGGAAACUCGAGACCCAAAGCUCAUAGCAUAUCAACAUUGUUUACAAGGUCUUUGUCAACAAUUUGUGUCAAUAAAGUUUAGACACAUUCCCAGAGUGCACAAUGAGAUUGCAAAUGCAUUGGCCACUUUAUCUUCGAUGCUCCAACACCCUGAUGGCCUCAUAUCGACCCUUUAUACAUACAAAUUCGUGAUCAACAUGCUUAUUGCAACAUGA